AUGUGUCAAUCUGCUCCUGAUCCUCCAUGGAUGUUAGUAGACAGAAACUUCAAUGUCCAAGGUACAGAGCCCGAUUUCACUGCUGUAUUCGGCCGAUUGUACCUGAUCGCCUCCGCUCUUGGACAAUAUGAUGCGACAUUAUCGCAGCGGUUCGCUAAGACAUCUUCGUUCGAAAAACUUCAUCCCGUGCAAGAAAAGUCGUUCUGGACUAUCUGGCGUUGGUGGAUGGAUCAUGCCACUUAUUUCCGUACCGAGUCAACUGAACAUGACUGGCCUGUGGACCUCGUCAAUGGCACCAAAUACGUAUUGAAGACCACUGAUAUUCCUUCCUUGGAUGUGAUUCGUCUCAUGGCUCAUGAGCUGGGUACACCAGUUGGUCCGUCCGCUCCGUCCGCCCUUGCAAAUUCCAGGCAGAUGGUCGUCGUUGAUCAAGCUUUGCAGAAGUUGGCUAUUCCUAGCUAUCUUGAACUGCUUUACUCUGGAGAGUAUGCCGAUUUGAGGCCGUUGAAGUCUCUCCAGCCUAUUGAGCCACCUCAACAAGUAUCGUAUUUGGGGACGAGAAUAUUAGGCGACUCUGACCUGGCGGGGUCCGAUCCUAGAUGCCCACUGGGUAUUGAUGCGAACCCUUGCCCUUGGCUGCCAAAAGAUGACGGACUUCCAUUCUUUCUGUGGGAUAGGCACACGCAGCGUACUGUUGAAACGGCGACUCUUCAAUCGCGGCCCGCCUAUACUGCAAUCAGCCAUACUUGGGGACGAUGGAGAAAGGUUGAACAAGCGCAAGGCAAGAAAACGGCGGUCCGUGGCGUCGAUCAAUGGUAA